AUGAGCAAUAUAAGUAGUAGCAUAACUAAUAAUAAUAAAUUUCAAAGGAUUAAUCAUUCACACGAACACCAAACUACAUGCCAACAAAAGCCUAAACCCACUAGUAUUUGGUGGCAACACAGCAAUCAUAAUGUCAUCAGUGAACAAGCUACAGAGACUGAGGAUAGUGAUUGUCUAUCCGACAGACAUGGUCCCACCGGGAGUCAGUUUACACACAGUAAAUCUGCUGCAUACAAUCAUGGUCAGCUUAAAACUGCGCCCAAUCGAUACGUUACUACAAAUAAAUCAGAAUUGGAAACGAAGACGAAAAGAGACCGACGGAUUCCAUCGAGGAUGCUUAGUGGUACAUCUGGAGAAGAGGAAGAGGAAGAUGAUGAUCAUAUUGAUUAUGACGAUGAUGAGCAUGAGGAUGACGAUGAUGAGAGUACUAGUCUGAGCCAUUCAGAUGUGAACAAUUAUCCACGUAGAAAUCAGCAAAAUGCUAUGCAAUACUCCCUCCCACUACCAGUACUUGUCCCUAUCCCAAUUAUCACUCCACUUAUAACUAGAACAUAUCCAACAAGUGUAAUGAUGCAUUCAACAACAUGUUGUUCAACUACACGAGAUCAGUCUAGUGACAUGGAAUCAGUGUCUUCCAAUCAGUUGGUGCUUGGUGUAAAAUUACCAUUCUCCGCAUUGGAUUCACAAAUUCGCGCCAAACCACCUCCAUCUGUACGAAUCCCUCCUCCGCCUCCUCCUGCUCCUCCACCACAGCCAAUACCACCUUCAUCUUUAUACCAACAUCAGUCGCAUCAGCAUCAUGAUAAACAUCGACAUCUUCAACACCAACCACAUUUAUCAUCUUUAUCAUCGAUAUCAGCGUCAUCACCGUCACCUCAGUCACCGCCUCCUCCUCCACAGAGACAACACCAACAAAAAUCCCAACUGAAAUCAACUAAAGAAGAGAGAAGCAGUUGUUCCUCCCCGUCUAUGUUAUCAAUACAUGAAGUAGAAAUUGUUGCCAAUAGAUACACUGACUUGAAAUAUUCGAAUCAUUCCAAUUGUACAUCACCUAUAAAUAGUCAACGCUGUGUUGUACAAAAUCUCUCUAAAACUUAUGAACAGAAUACAUCUAACCUUACAGUUACUGACAAUUCAAUGGAGACAAAACAUUAUAAUAAUAAUCCAUCCGUGCCUACCAUAUCUAACAACGCUACUACUAGUACUACAACUACAACUACAAUGACUACGAGUAAUACUCCUUUAACAGAAUUAAUUAUUGUCAAUGAAGUAGCCAGUAGAAGUGUAAAGCCAAGGGUUGCAUUUAUUGAACCAGCUGACGAAGCUUCAAUACAUGACAGUAAUCCUACUACCACAACCAUUACUACCAACAACAACAACAAUCAGUCAGACAGUGAAUCAACUGUUCAGAUAAACAAAGAAAAUCAUCCUACUACUGCUACUAAUAAACUUAAAUUAAGUCUAUCUGCUAGAUUUCCUGGUUGGGGAGUGAUUACAGAUGAUGAUGAUGACGACGAUGAUGAUGAUGUUCGUGGUGGAGGUGGAGACAAUCAACAGAAUGUGAAAACUGCUCAAAAUGAUAAUGUAUCUGUCAGUGCUGAGACACUGAUAUGCUCAACAGUACAAAAACUUACUUCCAGUAAUCCUAAUCGCAACAGUGAAAAUCGAAUUCGACAAAUAAUCAAUAAAAAGGUGAACAGUCAUGAUUUCAAUGUAAAUACUGCUCAUACUCCUCCUGCUACUAAUAAUAAUAUUAACGAUAUGUAUAGUAAAACCAAUAGCAACAGCGACGAACACAACAAUAUUGAAGAGAGACGACAUCGAGAAGACGUGGAUUCCGAACAAGAAGGAGAUGCAGACGAGGACGACAACGAAGUGAUGAAACCUAAAGCAAGCCUUUACACUAAUCCUGAAAUCUCAUUAUCUCAGUUAAUGAAUAUGAAUGAUGAAGAGUUGUAUUAUGAAUUACACGAAAAAUAUCAAAAUAAGCGCCAACAACCGUCAACAUCACAACUGUUAACAUCACAGAAAUUGAAUGAACACAAGCAACAGCAACUGCAACAACCACAACGCACUUCAUCAAUAUUAAGUCAACCAAGAAAAUCCCUUGCAAUGAUAUUUUCACAAAUUAGUAAUAAUUUAGGAUUUACACAAGAAUCAACUACAACUGGCGGGGGUUGGAGGCGGGACAGGAGCAAUUGA